AUGAUUAUACCCCCUUUUAAAUUGGGCGAGGAGAAUCCAACAAGCGAUUUUACAACGAUCCCUGAUGCGGCCUUGACCAAAAUUAUUCUUCUUAAUGAGGAAAAACGACGUGCUGAUACCGAGAUACUUCGCCAUCAUGUCCUGAAAAUGCGUCCUAUCCACCAGAAGCGCGAGGAGAUUAUCAACUUGCCCGAUGUCAAGAAUGACUUUUGGAAACGUGUUUUCAGUUGUGCCCCUGAUUUCAUUAAUGACUACAUUGGAGAAAAUGAUGCGGAGAUAUUGGGCAGCUGCCUAACGAAUUUCACCGUUGAGAUAUUCGAACUUGAUGAGCAAGGCAACGGCAACCCUCAUAGCUUACGCUUCAUUUUUGACUUUGAUAAGGAGAAAAAUAACUUCUUCGACAACACCCAGUUGGUGAAAGACCUCUACUGGCGGAAACAAUUGCGCCACACAAAUACAGGCAAGCGCCGUAUCGUGACGGGUCUUGUUUCUGAGCCCAAUCUCGUCAAGCUGAUUGCCAAAGUUUAUGGUGACUCCGACUUUGCGACGCAGGCUUGUGAGGAAGUCGACUACGACGACUACGAUGACGAUGAUGAUGAUAAUCGUCAUCCGGAUAUUGGGGGCAGCAUUGAGUCAAAUGAAAGUCCUGCUAGCACGAGCUUUUUCUCUUUCUUUGGCUACCGUGGCGGGUCUUUAUCUAUCGAAGAUAAUGCUAAGGCUAACGAAGAGGAUGAUAAGCGGUAUGCUAGAGUACUCAAGGGCGAAGGAAUUGAUGAAAGUUAUUUUUACGACGCCGAUGACGAGGUGAAUGAAGAAGAACAUUUCAAUGAUAUUGAGAUAUUCUCUAACGGUCAAAAUUUUGCCAUUAUCCUCUCCAGUGGCCUUUAUUCCAAUGCCACGGACCAUUACGUGAGAUCGUUCGAUCUCGUUGAUGAUUCAGGAGGUUCAGACAACUUCGAAUAUCAUGAGCGUGAUGAGUUCGAUUAUAUAAAUGAGGAUCAUGAUGAUGAGUACAAUGAUCGUUAUGACGAGGCCGAAGAUUAUUACCAUUCGUAUUCUGAAUAA